AUGGCUGAAAGAUUCACCUCAAAUGUUGCUGCCCCAACGCAAAAUGAAUCUCUUCAGGCUGAAGCCUCUGCUCAGCCAACUAAAGAACAUGCCAGCACCGCUGAUGACAAUCAGGCUGCUAAUGAAACUGAAAGUACCAGGGCUGAUGAAGCUAUUCCAACCGCUGAUGAAAUUUCCAGGGCAACCACUAGUGUUGCGCGUGAGGAACAAACCAGGCCAGCUGAAGCAUCUAUCGCUGCACCUGAACUCACUGAACAAGCCAGGGUAACUGCAUUAAUUGUGACUGAGGUAAAUGAACCAAUUUCUAAUGCUCCUCCUGCACCAACGCUAAGUCCUGUUCUUCCUUCUGCAUCAGAAGCGAAGAAAACCAAAGCUGCGGAGCGAGCAGUAGUGAAGAAGAGGAAAGCAUCCACCACCUCAGAGUCUUCAGCACCGAAGAAAGUGAAGAAUUUGACAAGAUUUUUUCAAAAUCUAAUUCAUGCUAUUCGUGUCUCAAGUAUGCCAUCAAAGGAAAUUGUUCCCUUUGGUGAGGAUUAUGUGAUCCCAUGUGGAUCAGAUGAAGAAGAUCCUUCUGCUACUUCGUCACAGCAGUUGGAUGAAGAAAUUGAAGUGGAUUACAUCCCUUCAACUCCUUUGCCCGCUGCUCCUGAGACUGUGAUUCCUGAGGCUGUGAAGACAUUGACUGAUACUCCUCAGCCCAACCCGAAGAAUCCCUUCUCAAAGAAGCACAAGUUCAAAGCUGAUGACUUCUUUCAUGAGCAUGUAUUCUUCACUGACUACAACCCUUAG